AGAUGCCUUAAAGAUUUACGGGAAAGAUUCGCUAAAGUGGAUAUCCAGGCGUCCGAGCCAAUAGUUCCAUUCCGUGAAACUGCCAUCAAGGCGAACGAUAUGGCACCUCCGAAGACUCCAAACGCGCCGAGAGGAACGAUACACGGAUCUAGCGCACAUUCAAUUGCGACAUAUACCGUUCGAGCUAUCCCUUUACCCCAAUCCAUCACCACGUUCCUACAGUCCAAUCAGUCCAUUAUCGCCCGUCUGGAGAGGAUUUCUCAACAUGAAGGUCAUGAACACGAGCGAGUAGGUCCACCUAAUGGUAAUGGGGGCCCCGGAGAAGCAACAACAGAGGAUGCGUUCGCAGCAGAGACCGAGGAGGAGAUCGCAAUUUCCCAAGGAGAGCUUUUACAGAAACCAACAGUGCGAGUCGAGUCGUUUUGGCCUUCAUUUGUAGACGUCAUGAAAAAGGCUGGGGGUGAAUGGGCAAAGUACGCCUCGCAGGUCUGGGCGUUUGGACCAAAUCGUACUGGACCCAAUCUCCUCUUGGAUGCUCGACCGGAGGGAUCAAAAUGGCACGAUAGAAGUACAUGCAAACGGCAUGAACCUCCACCCCACAUUUCUCGUGUAGAUCUAGAGUUUGAAUCUAGUCUGGAAGCUGGCUUCCAAAUCGCAACACUACAAGGGCCACUUUGUGCCGAGCCUGUGCAAGGCAUGGUAUAUGUCGUAGAAUCCUUGAAAGUGGACGAGACUGAAGGUCAGGAUACCGAAGGUAUGGAUUUGCUUAUAUCAGCAACUACUGCGUCGCUAAUAUUUUAUGCAGCUCAUUCGAAGAAGGCACAAGCAAAGGGCUCG